AUGCUCCAACAACUCCCCUGUACCCCCUCCGACACCCACGCCCUCGCAACCCUCUACCUCCAGUGCUUCGACCAACCCGUGGACCAGCGACUCUGGCCCAACACCCCCGAGAUCCACGCCUGGUGGGUAGCCAGCUUCACCCGGAAACUGACGGAGGGGGUGGAUAAAUACCAAAUCCUGAAAGUCAUCGAUACAGAGAAAGACCAUGAGCUGGUCGGGUUUCUGGAGUGGAAGCUGCCUGCUCCUAUACAGCAAGAUCCUGCCGUGAGCGACACUGAAAAAGAGGAGCAUGCCGAUGGAGAAGACCCCGAGACUCAAGAACUCCUCGCUACGUACCCAUCUCACGUGGGCGAUCUGGAGCUCCUGAAGGUAACGCUGGAGCAUUUCAAGACUAACGUGGGGGCUAUCAUGGGGGAGAGGAGGUUUUAUUAUCUCAACAUGCUCGGCACUAAGCCCGAGUACCGACGACGGGGCGUCGCAUCGCAGAUGAUCAAGUGGGGAACAACCCGCGCGGAUGAAGAAGGUAUCGAGACAUUCGUGGUUUCUGCGCCUGGGGCGAGGCCCGUGUAUUUGAAGCAUGGGUUUGAGCUUGCGAGAGAGGGAGAGGAUAUGGGGGAUUUUGUGCCGUGGUAUAUGGUUCGGAAGCCCAAAGUUGAGGCUAAGGAGGCAAAGAAGAAAGAGAGUGGGUAUGCGAAGUGGUUGUUGGGGGUGUCUGCUGUGCUUGGGGUUGCGGCUAUUGUUUACCAGAGGGUGCACAGAAGGGAUCUGUAG